UGGCGGCGCCCAUGAAGUACCAAACACGAGUGGUUGGCUGGAAAAAUAAACGGGAAUUUGAGGACGUUUAUGAGUGCCUGUACGAUGUCAGUGCUGAAAGGAAGCAUGAUGGUCUGGGGAAAAUAAAUGCAUGGAAAUGCCGAUUAGCUGACAAGAUGUCGGUUGCUAUUGAAUGUACAGCCACCCUUGUAGAAGCAACGUUAAUGGACGAGAAUGAGACAGAGCCAAGUCGCUUACAGCUUAUCUACUGCAUGGCUGUCAUCCGAUUUGUUAACUUAAUAACAGGAUUCCUACAAACUAAAGCACAGUCACAGCCUGUAGUUUCACUUGCAAAAGAGAUAGGGCUUCCAGAGUGGUUGGUGGAGCUACGUCACGAUGCGACCCACAAGCACCUGCCCCCGCUGGCCACCCUCCGACGUGCCGCCCGGACCGGCCUGGCCUGGCUCAGGGAGAAUUUCUGGGAGAAGCAGUGCAGGAGUGAAGCACAAGACUCUCCAAUUGAGGAGAAGGAUAUUGUGUAUCCUCCAAACAUUAACGGCGUUGAAGAUGAUAUCAAGAAACUAAUCAUUGCUUACCAACAAGCACAGUUCCAGAAUGUGCAGAGUGGUUGCCUUGGUGAAAGUGAUGACGUCCGAGAAAUCUUGUGCAAUUUGGAGCAAUGCUUUGCAGACCCAGAAGCAAGGUACCUCUUAAUUUCACUUCUCUUGCAAGAUGGCUACCUGGUACCCACCUCAGAGCAGCUUCAAGCCCUGAACUUAAGAGAAGGCUUUGCAAUCACCAGGGGCAUCAUUUGCAUCCACCGCACGGUCUGCCAGUUCUGGAGGCCCCUGCUGAUGCUCUUACACUCACUGGAGCUCACCCCCCUGCUGCUGCAGUCCAUCAUCAGGGAGCUGGGUAAAUUCAGGACCACCGAGAGUCAAGAGGCGACCUAUCUGGUGGGAUGGGCCAUGCAGAUCAUAAUGGCAUGCACCAUCGAUAAGAAAUCGUACAGGGCAUAUGUGGGGCUCUUCAAGGACAGCCUUGAACUCCCGUGGAGCGAUCUCUUGGACGAGUGCUUCCAUCAACCCAACACAUUCACCCUGGAACUGCUGCGAUACAUCUUGCCAAACAUGAACUCCGUAAUGUCCAAGCAAGCCCAGGCCAACGUGAGGCACCUGGCAUCCACCUACUGCAAAGCCCUGGAAUCUCAAGAGCCUGUGUCACUAACAUCCAAUGGUGGCAUUGAUGAAGUCAAGGGGGUUUACACUGCAGAGGACAUUCCCAGAUCAGAGGGGGGACAUUUUCCUUGCAAGAGCCAAUUGAGCAAUGAGCAGUUGAGCUUCGGGGACAAGAUGGAAGUUUCAGAGAGCGGUAGUACUUCAGUCCCAAUCCUUAAGGAAAGGGAUAAUUUUCAGCCCUGGUCCACAAGCACAGCUCAGGUCGAUUGGUCCAAGUUUCCCAUAGGGUCGUUACCGGGGCAACCGGAUGACCCCAACUCCCUGGUGCUCAACUUCCCACAAUGCAGCAGCACAAGAGGCAACUCCAAGUUGUGGAGUUUACCAACAUCUUUACAGGAAGAGCCAUCGUCAGCAGCGGCCACAUCGACAAGCUUUCUGAAAACAGCCGAGGCUCAAAUGGACAGACAUCUCUGGACAAAGAGCCAGUUGGACAUCAUCAAGGACAGACUACAUGUCUUCAUGAAACCCUUCAGUGACCAAAAUGACCAGAACUGAGAUGACCACAGUGCCACCGACACCUGGCGAUCAAAAGCUGGGUUUUCAGGCUCCAAUUUAUUUCAACAACCUGUGGAAAGUUCAAAUGUCAAACCGGUCAGGCCAAGAGACUUCAAAAAGGAUACAGUUAGUGUGUUCUGUUUUCUAUGGAACGCAGGGUUACUUUAACACUUUUUUUUGCAAGUCCACCUUUCGGAUUCUAAUUUAUACAUCUGGAAGACAACAUUCUGUGAAAUAAACACCAAAUAUCAAGUCUUGUUAAAAACAUAUUCCUGUAACUGGAGCGGAAAAACACACAGUUUUAUAAGAUAAUUUUUUUCAGUUAGAAAGAUAAAAUGCAUGUUUUUUAAUGUGCCUCACAACUGUUUGAUAACAUAAAAAUGAUUUUGAUGGUUAUAGAAAUAAAAAGAUGUGAUGGACGUCACAUUUCAAGAUAUAUA